AUGAACAUGGUCAUGCUCCCAGCGUGCAUCAUUAUGUUCAUCAUGGCAACUAUAUCAUGGGCAAUACAUUUUGCAAUAAUUCAGCGAUGGGACCGUCUCUUCGUCGCUCAUCUACGUCAUGAUACAAACUUAGUCAACAUACAAUCGGAAAUAAUCGCCUCCACAUUUCGGCUGCGAAUCAUUCCCUUGCUUCUAACAAUGGUCAACUUCACUCUCAGCGAUGCUAUUGUCGUAUGGAGAGCGUGGGCCGUGCGGAUUGCCAGCCGCAAGCUGGUUCUGAUGCCAAUUCUACUUUGGUUCGGCUCGCUGGGGUGCGCAGUCGCGUUUCUGUGGAAAGGGGAAUCGCCAAAGCUUCAGGAGACUAUGAAUAAUGCACAAUUCGCAGGCUUUAUCCUCUCCUUUGCAACCAACGCGACGGCUACUUCGCUUAUUGGUUACACAGCAUGGGGAAAUCGCCAGCUUCUGAACCUCAACCUCCGUCGCUCAAGUGUGGUAGCCAAAACCCAGAAUAUCCUUGUCCUUUUGAUUGAGUCAGGGAUCUUAUAUGGUGUCUUCUGGAUAAUGCUCAUCGUCUCUGGUUUUGUGCAAGUAACAGGCUCCGAGGAGUACGCUGGAACAUUCCUUAUGGAUGUUGGGAUUCAUAUAGCGGGUGUAUACCCAACUAUUAUCAUGGUGCUUGUAAGCCUUAAAAAGACGAUAUGGGACUUGUCGACUCUCUCUUUGGACAGCAAGAGGACCGUCCUAGAACUGGCGACUGUACGAGAAGGCUCCGUUGGCAGCGUGACUGUGGAGAAAAGUACUGCUUCCGCAACGCUUGUGGAUGGGACGACCGGGAGACAAGACAGUGGAUCGGCGGUGUAUGCUACAGCAUGAUUUUUCAAAGAGUUACUAGGCUCUGUUGAGGCAGGGUUAUGUAUGUUGAUUUCCUUUACCGAUUGCCCUAGAUGACAGUGUAGUUACGAAGUAAUAGACUACAGUCUUGAUCACAUCGAGUACGAGUUCCAGGCGCCGUCGUACUUCGUCCUCUUUCCCACUACAUAUUUAUAUUCGUACACCUUAUCAUGAUGCUCAUGUCUUUGUCGUUUCUCUCAUGCAUGUUUUUGCUGAGAGCACAUUGGGCUGAUGUAGUACUGACAGUGAUAAUGCUAAGUUCUCCCGC